UACGCAAAGGUAGUUAUCAGCAUUACCAAGUGUCAUCUGCUUUUAUAAAAACGCACAUUUAGGUAAAGAACGUUAAGUAUUUUUCUGAGUCCCUCUGUCAGUAGAAAGACAUUUAGUCAAAGUUUUUAAAAUAAAUUGUGGAUGAUGUGGAUUUUAUAAUUAAUCAACAUGAGUUCUGGAUUUAUAUCGGAAAAUGAGAUUGCUGAACAGAGGAAGAAAAGACAAGAAGAAUGGGCAAAAGUUAGAACGGCUGACCAGCCAGAAGAGGUCCCAGAAGAACCAUAUGAUUCUCGGUCAUUGUUUGAACGUCUAGAAGAACAAAAACAGAAAAAAGAAUUGGAAUAUGAAGAAGCUCAUAAGCUAAAAAAUAUGAUUAAAGGAUUAGAUGAUGAUGAAGUAGAUUUUCUAGAUCUAGUUGAUCGAACUAAAAUGCAAGUUGAGCGACAACAUAAUUUAGAAGAAGCUAGAGAGCUUCAAGAGUAUAGACAACAAGUAGCAUCAUUACAAGAAAAGAAUCUUGAUAAAAGACUUCAAUCUGAAAUUUUAUCUAAAAAGCCUAAAGUCUCGCCACUCACCAAUAGAAACUCCCAGAAAAAGAUUUUAACUGGUGUGGUUGUUAAAAAGAGAAAAUUGAGUGAUGAAUCAUCAGUUAAUAAUGACAAUCAUACUGUUGAAACAAAAGUUAACUCAAAGCAAAACACAACUGGAAACGAUCAGGGCUUGAAAUGUAUUGGUAUUCUCCCAGGCAUGGGUGUUUACCGGGAUACAAGUGAUUCUGAAGAAAGCACAGAUAGUGAUGUAUGUGACAAAGUUGAAUAUGACUUACUUGGCAGAAAAAUUGAUGCUACCAAGAAACCUGUUCAUUAAGAAAAUAGAAUCUUGUUAACAAAUGAGUGAUAGAUGACAUCGAAAUGAAAUAUGCACAAUACUAUAUAAAUAGGUUUUGAAAAUGAUUUAUUAUAUUACAAUUGUUUUUAUUGAACAAUAAUAGCGAAAAUGCAGAGAAUGCUAAGAUUCUAUAAUUUAGUGUGAGUGGUAUAUAAGUAUGUUUAGA